AUGACAUACCCUUCCACUUUUUCCAAUCAAGAUGAUACACUCCAGACCAUUCUCCAAGGCCAAAAAGAGCUUCAAACCACAUUUGCUUCCGGCCUCAUCGGUCUUACAUCUACUCUACAUGCUCUCCUUGCACGCACAGACCCACCCUCUACUUCCGCUCCUCAAGCCCCAAAUUCUAGUGCCAUUCCCUCUCAACCUCAACCCAAUCCCAAAGGUGGCAUUAAUGCUAUUACCUUGAGAUCCGGGACUCAAUUGAAAGAGAAAAAGGUAAAGGACGCAAGUCCGAUCAUAAUCAAUCAAGAGGAGAAGGGAAUCGAGAUAGAAGAAAUAGAAGAGGAGGAGGAAGCACAAGUCAUAGUUGAGGAUGAAGAGACUCAACCAACAAGUGAGGCCCCUAAGAAUAAGGGAGCCAUGGAAGAAGAAAUUACUCAACCAAUCCCAUUUCCUACACUUGCAAAGAAAGCUAGGAAGCGUAUGGAACUUGACGCCAAAAUAGUAGAGAUGUUCAAGAAUGUUGAGGUAACGAUCCCCCUCUUUGAUGCCAUCCAUCAAGUACCUAAAUAUACGAAAUUUCUUAAGGAUUUAUGCAUGAACAAGGAUAGAAUUCUUGAGUUAGAGACUAUUCCAUUGGGGAGUUCUAUUUCCGCUUUAAUGGGAGCAUUACCCGAGAAGUGUGAUGAUCCGGGCCCGGGCAUGGUCACUUGUACCGUAGAUGGGGUUCAAUUUCUAGAUUGUAUGUGUGAUCUCGGUGCAUGCAUUAGCAUUAUGCCUCUUUCUGUCUAUCGUAUAUUGAGGCUACCACCAUUGAAGAGGUCGACGACAAGAUUUAUUUUGGCGGACAAGAGCAUAAUAUCCGUGACGGGUGUUACGGAAGAUGUAUUUGUGAAUAUAAAAGAUGGGAGAGUCGUGAGUUUUAGCCAAGAAGAAGCAAUGAAACACCCACUGGUGAAUCAUUCUCUAUUCCGGUGUGACCCAAUUGACAACAUUGUGGCCAAAGUGCAUUUUGCAAAGUUAGAUGAGAAGCAUAUAAUUGAAAAUACAAGUGAAAAUCCAAGUGAAGUGAAUGCAUUACCCCAUCUGGAUCAUCCAAAAGUUCAAGCCUCAAGUCAAGACCAAAAGGUAGAAUUAAAGCCACUACCACCCCACCUAAAGUACUCAUAUCUUGAUGAAGCCCACAAAUUCCCCGUGAUUAUUGCAAGGGAACUAAAUCCUCAAUAA